UUUGAUUCAGAUGUUGACAUAUGAGGUUAUGAUGUUAAUAUAAACAAUAUUAUUCUAUAAUCUGCGUUGAUAGACGAUUAUUUGUAAAAGAAACUGGCAAUUUGGUUUUGACAUCUAAUUGAAAGGAAUGGUUUCCACUCGAGGACCAAAAUUCAAAUUCUGUGAUGGUGAAAAAGUUCUUUGUUAUGAACCUGAUCCUACAAAAGCAAAAGUACUGUAUGACUCAAAGGUACUUGAUGUUAUAGUUAACAAGGAUCAAAGAGGAAGAAAAGCUAUUGAGUAUUUGAUACAUUUUCAGGGAUGGAAUUCUUCGUGGGAUCGUUGUGUAACAGAGGAAUAUGUAUUGAAAGACACAGAGGAAAAUCGUCAACUCCAACGAGAUUUAGCACAGAAAGCACAGUUACAUUUAGGAGCUUAUUUGUAUCGCCGGGAGCGUAAGAAAAGAAGUCACAAACUGUCAGAGAGAUUAAAUGAGAAUGAAAAUCGAGAACCACGACGGAGAGCAAGGAGCGGUGGUAGUCGAGCAACAUCUGCUACAACUGGAUCAUCGGAAGAUGGUAGUUCGGGACAACAUGCAGAUUAUGACACAGAGGAAGUUAUCACCGAAGAGGAUACAGAAAGUAGUUCUGAUUACGUUGGUGAAACAAGUGAUGAUGAGGAUAGUGGUGGUGGUAGUCAAUCAGGUGCCAGUAUAAAGCCAGGAAUUGAUCUCUAUAUAGGUACUGUACUAAGAAGAAUUCUAGAUCAAGAUUAUGACCUAAUAACUAACAAGAAUAAGCUAGCUGUUCUACCUUCACAACCUACUGUUGCGAGUAUUUUAGAAUCAUGGGUACAACAUUUUACAACAACACAACUGACUAACAUUCCAGAAAAACCGCAAAGGAACAAAACAAAUAAUACUAUAGAAAAAACAGUCAAUGAAAUAAACAUAUGCAGAGAAAUUGCGGAUGGAUUACGUAUAUACUUCGAUUUUACAUUACAUGACCUCCUUCUAUAUAGGCAAGAACGAGAACAAUAUUAUAAUUUAAAAUCUUCUUUCUUAUAUACUGAACACUCUACACUUGUAAAAGAAGAACCAGUCGAGAAUUCCGAGGUAUUAGUUAAAGAAGAAUAUGAAGAUACUGAAUACGCUCAUUUACCACCAUUUCAAGAACAUGAUCAAGAAGUAGACAAUGCAUCAAAAACAUUUACAAAUUCUAAACGAAGAUUAAGGUCGUGCAGAGUGAGUUCCAUUGAUGAAAACAGACAACUAAGAUCUUACGAAGAAAUCAAACAAGAUACAGGAAACUUGUCAAGUAUUGCAAGUACAAGUUCUCGUUGUUCUAGCCCACGUGGUGUAACAUUAAGAAUACCGGUUGUUACAUCUGCUCAAGUCAAUGCUUUGCUUCAACAAUCAAAUAAAUGGAGAUUAAUACCCGAAUCUACAAAAUCUGAAGAUCUUCGAAGUCCUUCCACCUAUUAUGGUGCCAUUCACUUAACUCGAUUAUUCGUUAAGCUACCAGAUUUACUCCAGUCGGCAGAUAUACCAAAUAAAAAAUUGAAAAUUCUUUUAAAAUAUUUGGAUAUGUUUCUCAGUUACUUAGAGAUGCAUAUAGAAUGGUUUGGAGAACAAUUUUACAUGCAGGUCGAAAAUCAACUACUUUCUCAAGCAAGUAAUUCUUAA